CUGUUUUGUCGUAUGAGGAAGUAAACUACAUUAAGAGAGAAAAACACAAUGAAACCAUGGCCUCCAGAAUUAAUCUCUCUGAAGAACAUGACACACAGAUAAAGACACUCAAGAGUCAGAUUCAGGGGGGUGAAUCAGAUUUAUCUGAAAACAUGGAUGUGUCUGUGAGGAAAAACCCAGCGAUGGAUGUUUCAGAUCUCUGCAGAGAGGAAGACUCUUCUGUUGAGUCCAGUCUGUGUCAGAAUGAAUCUCCUGAACCCAGCUGUGUGUCCAUCAAGAGUGACCGGUCAAUGGAUCCUCCACUUAAGUUCAACUCGGGAAAUUCAUCUGCUGAUCUGAGUGCGUGCCACACCAGCUCGAUGGGAAUAAAAUCUGGUGAUCUGGAAGUGAGAAAAAUUGAAAGUGAAUUGCUGGGAAUCGAGUACCUUUACAGCCAGACUGACAAAAUACUGACUCCAGUGCUCCAGAACCCAGAGGAGGAAGACCGGCUGGUGGAGGAGGUUGAUGAUCAGGACCUGCUAGAUGAGGGGUUUGAGGAAGAGAGCAUGGAGGACAUCACAGUUCCAGUGCUGUAUGAGGAUGACCCCUGCCGUGAUCUCAGAAACAGCCCCUCAUCUUUGCCUCUGCCUCAGUCCCCAGCAUCACUGGCUGAGCCGUCCACAUCAUCUGGAGGAGAGGGACAGCAUCUCGCCCCUGCCUCUUCAGUGCUGUCACAGCCAUCUGACACUGGAAGCAGUGUCUCCGGCGAGGCUCAGGGAGCAGUCAUUGGACCUGAUGGCAUCGCUGGGUGGGACAAGGUCCAGGAUCUGGCUGGUUUCCUGGUGGGUCUUCGUGAGGCUCCUUACCUCACCAACCUGCAGGUGACCGAGGCCAUCCAGCUGUGGACAGCUCUCCCUGACGUUGAUAAACAGCGGGUCAACUAUCAGCCUCGACAUCAGCCUCAGCUGAGACAUGGGCGCUUUAAGGCACCGAAGCGGUCCGGAGUCACACCGGGUGUGGAGAGUGUGAAACGGUGUCUGAUUGGACAUCCUGGGGGUCCAGCACAGUGGCCCAGCACUAGCCGCUUGGUUGAGGCCAUUUGUAUGAAGCUGUGUGCUUUACACAAGUCACCGACCAAGAAGGCUGGAGUUUCCACCCCCAGGUGGUCUAACAUCCUUUCAGAUUACCACCACAUCCGAGAGCUGGUGCUUAACAGUCGAAGGCUGAUGGAUGAAACAAUGAUCCAGCUGUUUGAGCUGAACCAGAGGACACUCAUUCAGUGGUAAGCAAGGCACAUUAUUUGGUUCCAGUGAACUGAAUAUUUCUGUACACACACAC